AUGGAAGGGAAGCGACGGAGUGUGAUAAACGAGUUAACUCGGGGACAAGAACUAGCUAGACAACUCCAAGCUCAUCUCAAUGCGCCUUCUUCUUCUGCUGAUGAGCUGCAAUGUUCAGUAACAGCAGCAGGAACGAUGAGAAUGGCGGAUUCUUCGACUUCUAAGAAAAGAAAAAGUAGUCAGCCGGCAUGGGAUGGCACUCCACACGAUGCUUUAUCCUCCAAAUAUCCAAGAAACAAUCAUCACAGGGUCUUCUUAUUUGCUUACCAAAACGGCCUUAAAGUGAAAACCCAAGAUUUAGAUAACAUCCAUUAUUGUCGCCACCAGACGUAUACUUCAUUCCCUUGCACGUCAACAACGCCCAAUGUUGUUUUUUCAUCGUCACCUUCUGUGGUCAACAACGAUGGUGUCGGAAACCUUUCGCCGUCUAAUUUCGUAUCGCCUGCUAAAUCUAGGACUAACUUAAGUUUUCAAACUCGAUAUGAUCAGACUCAAAAUAUCCAUGAUUACGAGGUUAUUGAAGGUGCAACUGCUACUUCAGCAACAAGCUCGCCUGCUGCUGGCUUGGAUAUGCCGUUUGUUAAUUCCCAGUUCGAUCAAAGCUUUACAUUUGACAACGAUGGGUACUUUCCCUAG